AUGAUUGCCAAAUCUCGGGAAGAAAAAGAGCAUGUUGGAAAUCUCAAGAAGCUGUUCAAAAGGCUAAGAAAGUUUCAAUUGAAGCUAAACCCGGCCAAAUGUACGUUUGGGACUACUUCAGGAAAACUGCUAGGUUUCAUUGUUAGUGAAAGAGGUAUCGAGGUUGAUCCAGAUAAGAUAAAAGCUAUACAAGAAUUGCCUCCCCCGCGCACACAAAAAGAAGUCAGAGGAUUUUUAGGAAGGUUGAAUUACAAUACUCGAUUCAUUGCCCAACUUACGAAUCAGUGUGAUCCAAUUUUUCGACUCCUUCGAAAGCAUAACCUGGGAGAAUGGAACGAGGAGUGUCAAGUGGCCUUCGAUAAGAUAAAACGAUAUUUGUCUAAUCCUCCUGUGCUAGUACCGCCGACCCUUGGAAAACCAUUAAUAUUGUACCUGACCGUGUUUGAGAAUUCAAUGGGUUGCGUACUGGGGCAACAUGAUGAGUCAGGGAGAAGAGAGAAGGCAAUUUACUACCUCAGCAAGAAGUUCACAGAAUAUGAGGCAAAGUACCCUUCAAUUGAGAAGUUUUGUUGUGCAUUGAUUUGGACGGUUCGAAGGCUCAGGCAAUACAUGAUGUAUCACACGACAUGGUUAAUUUCAAAGCUGGACCCAAUGAAGUACAUGAUGGAGUCACCUGCACUCUUAGGGAGAAUGGCCCGAUGGCAGAUCCUAUUGACUGAGUAUGACAUUGUAUAUGUGAGCCAAAAGUCGAUAAAAGGAAGCGCAAUGGCUGACUUCUUGGCAAAAAAAGAGGGCGAGUCAUCAAAAGGAAAGUCAUGGAAGAUGAGCUUUGAUGGUGCAUCAAAUGCAUUAGGGCAUGUGAUAGGAGCAGUCUUAGUGUCACCUGAAGGGGACCAUUACCCGCUUACUACCAGAUUGAAUUUCUUCUGUACAAAUAAUAUAGCGGAAUAUGAGGCUUGCAUCACGGGACUUCGUGCAGCUAUCAAGAGGAAAAUCAAAAUUUUAGAGGUACACGGGACUCCAAGAUUAGUCAUUUAUCAAAUUCGUGGAGAUUGGGAAGUGAGAGAUCCAAAAUUAGUCAAAUAUCAUGAUCUCGUUGCAGAGCUGAUCAAGGAGUUCUAUAAAGUAACUUUUAACUACUUUCCACGAGAGGAGAGUCAACUGGCUGAUGCCCUAGCCACCUUGGCUUUGAUGUUUAAGGCAAACAGAGAAACUGAGAUAAUGCCCAUCCAAAUGAGUAUAUACGAGACCCCUGCACACUGUUUUAGUAUUGAGGAGGAGUCAGAUGGACGACCAUGGUUCCAUGAUAUCUUGGAGUAUAUCAAGAGUCAAAGGUACCCCGAGCAAGCAAACGAGAAUGACAAAAGAACAAUCAGGAGAAUAGCGAUUGGAUUUGUUCUUGACGGGGAUAUUAUAUACAAAAGGGGAAAAGAUCAAGUGCUCCUGAGGUGCGUGGACGCUGUUGAAGCUGGAAAGAUACUUGAGGAGGUUCAUGAAGGAAUUUGUGGAACGCAUGCUAGUGAAGCCACUUCGUUUGCUAAUGUGACCAAGGCUGCAGUCUGUAGGUUCUUAAAAAAGGAGAUCAUAUGUCGAUAUGGUCUGCCCGAAAGAAUCAUUUCAGAUAAUGCUCUAAAUUUGAACAACAAGAUGAUAAAAAAAGUAUGUGAGCAAUUUCAGAUAAAGCAUCAUAAUUCUUCGCCCUAUCGCCCGAAGAUGAACGGAGCAGUAGAAGCGGCUAAUAAGAACAUUAAGAGGAUUAUUGGGAAGAUGACUGAGACAUAUAAAGACUGA